CAGUGAGCAACCAAAGCAGACAGCCGGACGGGACGGGACGGGCAGGCGAGCCAGCCAGCUGAAACAAAGUAAAUGGUGCUUGUUUGUUUGUCGUGGCUCCCCUGCCGAUGCAUGAUACUCUUCCGACCAGACGACAGGAUGAGUUUGUAUCUCCAGCGGGUCCCUGAAGUGCCGAAGUGUCCUUAAGUGUCUAUUUAUCCAACGUCUGAACUGGGUUUUUUUUUUUCAGACAUCGUGUCUUACAAACCACACCUUUAUUGGGGAGCUGUGUUGUUCACUACACUGUUGGUGGGAGUUGUGCAAGUACUUAAAGUCUGCUGUUACUGCGUUAAGAAGAUUUCAUCACAGUUCCAAGGAAAGGAAGGGAGGGAAGUUGGAAGAGGUUAGAAUCUACUGCCUACAAAAGAAAUGUGUGAGCAACGUCUGUAUAAUUAAAUUAAAUUAGCUUUUGGAGCUGUUGGAAUUUUCUGAAUUUUCCAAAAGAUUUUUUGUUUUAUAUACAGUAAAAGCUUUUUGUGACUUUUUCGUGACAUCAACAUCACCCAUAGAAUGGCCUGGAAACCCAACAAAACAACAGCCGUUCUCUGCUUCGUCUUGGUUUGCAUGUCCACUGUGCUGGCCUCCGAUGCAGAAGAGGUCACUGAAGCUCCCUGGCCUGACUCUUCCGAUCCGCAAGAGGGCACUGCAGCUCCAAGGGUUGAGUGUGAGGACCUCAACAACACGACCUGGAGGGAGUACAGGCAGCAGAGGCCCCGGCUACACGUGCAGUACCUGCUGUUCACGCGCCACAAUGCAGACUGUGCCAGCCUCUUCACGCGCGACUCCCUCAACGAAACGCACUCCACCACACACUUCAACGCUGAGCUGCCCACCAAGGUCAUCGUCCAUGGCUUCAGAGCCAUGGGCAGUAGGCCGUCGUGGGUGCGAUCGCUGGCCCAGGCUCUGCUGCGUGUGGAGGAGGUGAACGUGCUGGUGGUGGACUGGGUUUACAGCGCCUCCUUCGCCUACAACCGCGUGGUGGAGAACUAUAAGGAGGUGGCCCUGGACAUCUCAGGCAUGGUCCAGCACCUCGUAAACCAUGGGAGUACUCUAGACACGCUCCACUUCAUUGGGGUGAGCCUCGGUGCACAUGUGGCCGGGUUUGUGGGGACCCUAUUCGAGGGGAAGCUGGGCAGAAUCACAGCCCUGGAUCCAGCAGGCCCCAUGUUCAAAGGCAACGAUAUCUAUGACCGGCUGGACCCCUCCGACGCCCAGUUUGUUGAAGCCAUCCACACAGAUGCCGACUAUUUCGGCAUCUCCAUUCCCGUUGGGCACGUGGACUUCUUCCUCAAUGGAGGUAUGGAUCAGACUGGAUGCGCGCGCUCAAGAUUCGCAUCAAUGUAUGGCUAUGUGAUCUGUGACCACAUGAGGGCGCUGCAUGUCUACAUAAGCGCACUGAACGGAACCUGCUCCUUGACGGGCUUCCCGUGUUCCAGCUAUGAGCGGUUUCUAGCAGGACAGUGCUUUGACUGUUCCAGUCCUUUUGGCGGGACCUGCCCUCGCAUCGGUUUGAUGGUGAACAGUGGGCUGGUCAUACACCCCCUCCCACAACAGCAGAAGGUCUUCCUCCUCACCACCUCUACUCCUCCAUUCUGUGCGCAUCACAUCCUGGUGGAGGUGGAGGUGAGUCCGCUGACGAAGAGCGCAGAGCUGCAGGUGGGCCUCCAGACAGUAGGGGGAGCUGUGCCCGUGACCGUGAACACCUUCCAGCUUCACACCAAGGAGACGCGGUACUGGCGUGUGUUUGGCCAUGGUGAGGUGCUGUGCCGGGUGGACUCGCUGCGUCUGAAGAGUACGGGGGCGCGCAUAUUCAGGCAGGGGGACAUGCACAUCGUCUCCGUCUGCAUCUCAGAGUUCCCCUACCACAACGACAGAAGGCCAGUGUGUGUGAGGAACAUCAACCUGGACAGAGGGGUGGCCUGGACGCAUGACUUUAUACAGGUGUGUGACAGCUAGUGACAUUACAGAUCACCAGCCUGCACACACACACGUUUGUUAUUCUGAAGAACACACACACACACACACACACACACACACACACACUGUAAUAUGUGUGUACGCACACACGCACACAUAAACACACACACAGUGUAUAUAAACACACAUAGCGAGACCCACACAUCGCACAUUUUUACAUAGUGUCAUAAACAUCCUAAGACACACAUACAGACACACAGGCGUGCGUAGAGGCAGUGUUAAAAACACAUUAAGGCAAGCCCCAUGAACACAUCCGUCACGAUAACAUACACAGCCAAUGUAGUGGUAUAAACACUAAAGUGCACACACACUCAGUCACGCACGCACGCGCACACACACACACACACACACACACACACACACACACACACACACACACACACACACACACACACACACACACACACACACACACACACACACAAGAAUCCAAACACCAAAGUACAAACACACAUAUUACCUACAGAUCUAAAUUCAAAAUUGAAACACUACACCCUACACACAUAUAAACAGGCAGGCUGCAGCACGUAUCCAUGCACACAAACACGCACACAAACACGCGUGCACACGCACACGCACGCACACACACACACACUCUUACAAAAGAACAUACAGUAUUUGCUGGAGCUGUUGUAAUUCAUAUCCUGUUUUAGCCAUAAAACAGACACUGGCUUUAUUUUCUUUGCACUAUGCGAGCUUAGCUAAACAAAUAGCACAUUGCACUCAACUUGGCUUUGGAAACCGAAUUACAAGGAAAAUCUGGAUUAUCUGCAUGCUUUCCUUGCUCAAACACUCUCACACACACACACACACACACACACACACACACACACACACACACACACACACACACACACACACACACACACACACACAGUAAAGGAAGGAGGGAGGAAUAACUCACACGCACGCACACACACACACACACACACACACACACACACACACACACACACACACACACACACACACACACACACACACACACACACACACACACACACACACACACAAAGAGCUCACCAAAGCUGUGUCAACCACAGUCACAGUGUUCUAUGGCAGGGCAUUUUUAGCUCUACCCUCAAGACUCUGUUUCCUCUCUGUCACAGACAAGAAACUGUCGCAGUAUCACGCCAUUCACUAUAACUAACUCAUCCAGUACAGCUUCUUCCCAUGCCAUGC